GUGGCUGCGGGGCAGAUGACGACUGCUGACCAUCCUGCGUUUGGGAGAGAUGAAGAAGCGGCGCUGCUCCUGGAGAGGACCCAUCACCGGCACGAUCCGCGCUGGCUGCUGCCCGUGUCCCCUCACGUCUGCAUGGCCUGCGCGUUGGAGCUGCUGCCCGAGCCCGGAGUGUCGCUGGUGCGCAAGAAACAUGUGGUGUUCUGCUUCCAAGAUGCCCUGGUGAGGCACACCUCCUUGGUCGCUCAGCUGGUAGCUCAGGACCAGAGAGUCUGCAUCCAUUUCGUACGCGUGCUUUUUGGACUGUUAAACAGUGUGGAAGAUGGGAGUGUGGCAGACCUCUGUAUUGAAGUCCUUAUCCAGCUCACUACUCAGCCGAAUAUGGAACAGACCGUCCAUUGCUUAAUGAAUGACUGCCACAGAGAGCUGUGUAACCUGCCCUCCAUGGGAGGCAGCCUGGCCACCACAACUCUCCUCGGCAAGCUGGUGGACGCCAUUCCUGGUGUGGCGGAUGAGCUUGUAAUGGAGCACGGCAACUUGAUGGAGCAUCUGUUGAGGGGCUUGGUUUACCCCAAUGAGGGGGUGCAGGCGUCCAUCUGUUACCUCUAUGGGAAGCUCUACUCCUCGCCCACGGCCGCUGAGAUGCUUUCCGGCCAUUUCCGGGAGAAGCUGUGUGCCCUCUUCCUUUCCACCCUGGACAGCGCCCAGACAAAGGACCUUCAGAUCAACUGCUUGGGGUUGCUGAGGCAGCUACUGAAGUACGAUCUCUUUGUGUCGCUGAUCAUGAACAAGUCUGUGCCAGUGGAGGGUGCUGAGAGCGUCGAGCGGCCAUCGAGAGAGACCUCGCUACCUUUGGUGCUGAAAAAGUUUCUCCUGUCCAGAGAUGAGAUCCUGCAGGUGGCCAGCUCCCACUGUAUAACGGCAGUGCUGGUCCAUUCCCCCGCGAAGCAUGCUGUCGCCUUCAUUCACGCUGACAUCCCGGAGUUCCUCUUUGAGCAUCUUUCAUCCUCCAGUGAAAUCCUUGUCUGGUCCAGCUACAACUGCCUGAUACUCCUGGCAGAAGAACCGCUCUUCUUUUCAAAGUGUCACACAGUGUAUGGGAUCGAGGCAGUGGUCAGGAGCCUACAGGGCAGCCUGCAGAUGACCAACACCGAACUGCAUACGCAGGGACUGCUGCUCUUCAAAGAAAUUCUGACUCGGCAGCCAGAGGAGAUCAGGCUGUUCACAAGCUCAGCCCUGUGCAGAGAUGCCAGCCGUGCCCUCCAGGAGGCCGUGAGCAGCCCUGUGUUAGCUGUGGCCGCUGAAGCACUGAGAGCCAUUUCAGCUUUUCUGAGGAAGGACCAUCAGAGCUCUCUGCCUGUGCAAUACAGAGCACUUCGCGCCUUGCUUGAAGCCAUGCUGAGCCGAUGUAUGGAGUUUUCCCAGACCCCUCUGAACAGGAGGUCCCUGGGCUAUGCUUGCAGUAGAAACUCAGAGAAGGCCACUCUGAGGAAGGGGAAGUUCCUCCUGAGCACCCUGGAGGGCUUUAGAAAUGCCUGCAGGCUGGCUGUGGAAUUCCAAGGCGAGCCUUGCGCCCAGGAGAACCCCUUCACAGCUCCCAGUGCAGAGAAGGAAGACACUUUGGAGGCCUUCUCAGAGUUUCUUCUCAGUGCCUGUGACUCCCAGUGCAUCCCGAUGGUGAUGAGGUACGCGGAGGAGGCCACACAUCCAAACCUGAUGGAGGUUUUCCUCUCGAUUCUACACAGCCUCUUUGUCAUCGUUCCCCACAUGAAGGUGAAGUUCUCCAGGAAGCUUGCUGAUUCAUCAUUCAUACGACUGACCCUGGAGCUGAAGGCCAGGUUCUGCGGUGGCCAGAGUCACUCGUCCCUAAAUCAGGUGUGCUCCAGUUUCCUCUACUACAUGUGCCUCAAUCUCCUCUUAGCUCCAGAGAAGACAGAACCGCUUUCCCAGGAAGAACUCUCUGCAGUGUCUGAGAUCCUUCAGCAUGGACUGCCCCACAUAAGCAGCAGGACCCCAGAAAGCCUUGCCUUCCUGUCAGAUCGGCAGUAUGUGGAGGCGGCUGCGCGUCAGAGGCAGUACUGCAUCCUCCUCCUCUUCUACCUGGCUCGCAUCCAUGACGACAGGUUUGUCCCUGAGGCGGAGCUCUUUGUGGCUGUGCAGAGCUUCCUUUUGUCUCUGCAGGACCAGGGUGAGUGCCCUCCACCAGUGGUCUGCAAAGCCUCCAUCUAUCUGCUGGCAGUGUGCAGGGACAAGGACAGUGCACUGGCUGAGGCCGUGGUCAGUGCAAUCAGAAAGUUCCUAGAGGGCAUCCCAGACCUGCGCCUGGUCUACACUCACCACCCGCUCCUGCUCAGGUUCUUCCUGGCGUACCCAGGGUUGAUGAGCAGGUUCGGGCACCGCGUCUUGGAGCUUUGGUUCUCUUGGGAAGAGAGCAGCUACGAGAACCUAGAUGAUGACUCCUCUCCUGGGCAUACCGUCUUUCCCGCCAACCUCGCAGCCCUGUUCUGCAUGCUCAGGAGCACACCCAGCAUCCUACUCAUUUUGCUGGACCUGGUCUAUUCCAGCCCCGUGGAUACAGCCCGCAAGGUACUGAUUGUCCUGAGGUCCUUCCUUCGGGAGAAUGAGGAUGUCAAGGUGGGUGGCCUCAUCCGAGGCCACUUCCUGCUCAUCCUGCAGCGCCUCCUGGUGGAGUAUGGAUCAUCCACCUCAGGAGCCCAUUCCUGUGCCUCAGGGAACCUGCCGCUGCUGCUGACCCUCCUGUCUUUGGUGCAGCUGAGGACUGAGUCGGAACAAGAACUGGACAGCAUGGCCAUGAAGCUGCUUCAUCAAGUGAGCACGCUGUGUGGGAAGUGCAGCCCUGCACAUGUGGACAUCCUGCAGCCCUCCUUCAAUUUCUUGUACUGGAGUCUUCAUCAGACCACACCCAGUAGCCAGAAAAGAGCCGCUGCCGUCCUGCUGAGCUGCGCAGCCUUGCUGGAGCUCCUGGAGAAGAUGCUGGCCCUCACCUGGACGGAAGCAGGCUCCUCCCCCAGGGCACCACUGCUCUGCUCUGCCUGGCUGCUCACUGCCUCCUUCUCCGCCCAGCAGCACGAUGGCAAUUUGCAGGUCCAUCAGACAUUAUCUGUGGAACUGAACCAAGUAUUGAAGGCUCUCAGCUUUCCAAAGAAGAUGUCUGCAUUGCUGUCAGCUGCCAUCCUACGAUUCCUGCGGACAGCCUUGCAACAAAGCUUUUCCUCUGCCUUGGUGGUCUUGGUACCCUCAGGGGGUCAACUGCUGUCAACUCCUGAGGACGCUGUCCUAGCUCCACUGGGAAAGUCACAAGUGCUAUCCCUGUUAAUUGGGCUCCAGAACCUCCUGGUACAGAAAGACCCUCUCUUAUCUCAAGCUUGUAUUGGCUGUCUGGAAGCCUUGCUCCAUUACCUGCAUGCCCGAAGCCCAGACAUCGCGCUCCACGUGGCCUCCCAGCCCUGGAAUCGGUUUCUGCUGUUCACCCUCUUGGAUGCUGGAGAGAAUUCCUUCCUCAGACCUGAGAUACUGAGACUUAUGACCUUGUUUGUGCAGUACCGGAGCAGUUGCGUCCUUUCUCGUGAAGAGGUGGGCCUUAUUUUGCAAGGUGCAGCUUUGGUUGACCUAUCAACUCUCUCAAACGAUACACUCCAGGCCCUGCAUGGCUUCCUCUUGCAGGUCCAGAGCAUGGGUCUCCUAAAUGACCAUCACAUGACCCAGACCUUGCAAGCCUCUUUGGAGGGCCUUUGCUCCCGCACCUUCCCAGCCCGGCCGCUCUUUCAAGACAUGCUCUGCCUCGGAGGUGUGUCUGUCUCCCUGGCUCACAUCAGAGACUGAGCCUCAGGACGUAAAGGCCCAGAACAAAAAACUAUGAGACCUGCAGACAAAUUAGGGGCAUAAUGGUUGAGGAGAAAAAACGACAGUAUCAAGCCUUUCUCUGGAGCUGUU